AUGUGUCCCAUUGCGUCACAGCUUUUAGGCAAGAUCAAUGUUGGAGGCAGCCGUUGCAACCCUGCUGCUGCAGCCUUGCUGCUCUCCCUGUGUCUUGGCUUCCCUCACUCUAUGGCCACUUGCCCACCCUACUGCCUUUGUGCCAGUGAUAUAAUUUCCUGCAGUGGCCGCAAUCUGUCCCUGCUGCCCUUUGAUCUCCCAAGCUAUGCCACAAGGUUGGACCUGAGCCACAAUGCCCUCACAGUGCUGCCUGUGGAUUGGAUCCCCCAGCCGUUUGACCGUCUCUCUACACUGGUUCUCAACCGAAACUCCAUUGAGCGAAUUGAGGUGAACACCUUCAUGGUGACGCCGCAUCUCCUCCACCUGGACCUCUCGUGCAACAGCCUGACAGUGUUGAACUCAUCCAUAUUUACUGGUCUGAAGGAGCUGAAAGAGCUGCUGCUGUUUGGCAACCAGAUUGUUCAGAUCAACCCAGGGGCCUUCAGCGAUCUUCACAGCCUGAAGAGGUUCUACCUUUCGGGGAACAGACUCGCAGACUUCCCUCUGGGGCUUUAUGAGGAACCAGGAGGUCCUCGUAACCUAACCUUUCUUGAUCUGUCAUCAAACAGGCUCUCCAAGGUGCCCGUCCAGAGCCUGCUGUCUCUCACCCGACAAUGUGGAAUAUAUUUGCAAGAGAACCCUCUUGACUGUGACUGCGCUUUUCUUGCCUUGCUGGAGUACUGGAUUUGGAAACAGUAUCGCCCCCUUGUGGAUUUCAGAGGUGAAUACCCAUGUAAAGACAAUGCAGGACCAGGGACUAAUUGUAGCCAGCAGGCAGUGUCAGACAUGCCUCUUGAGACUCAAAUGUACCAUGUGCAGCUGGGUAAAUGGCUAUGGCUGCCAUGUGUAGGGCUGGCUAUGCCUGACCAGGACAAGCUGGAUGUGUUUUGGGUUACCCCUAGGAAAGUGCUUAAUUCAUCAGCAGAUGAUCCUAUUGACCACCUCAUAGUUCUCCCUAAUGGCACCCUCGAAAUCAGAGGAGCACUGUCGGAGGAUUCUGGCACAUACGGAUGUGUGGCAGCCCGUGGGCGCCUCUAUCUCCCCCAUGAGGCUCUGGAGGUCAGUGUGGUGGUCGGAAACUUGAGCGUCUCUUCUGGCAGUGGCUUGUCACAUCGCAGCGGGGCAGAACAUUUCAACACUGCAUUCACCACCUUGGCUUCCUGUGUGGUCAGCAUCAUACUGGUGCUGCUCUACCUUUACCUAACUCCCUGCAGAUGCAGGGAAAGCAGGGGUGGGGCAUCAGGAGGGUGCGGCGGACGAGCCUUCAUCCUCUGUGCGGACCCUAGAGAGGUGGAGUCAGGACAGCGGCGGUCAAACGGAAAAAGGGUAGCUUUUUUAGAGCCUCAGGCAGAGGAUUCUAAUAUUGAUGGCCCAAAAACACCAGUGAUAAAUUUCGGACAUGUUACCACUGAGGGAAUUCUUAAGAAUGGAAGUAGGACAGUGGAACAGACCCUCACAGACACUGAUCCUGUGGUAUAG